AUGCCAACAGCAUACAUGUACAACUACACCAACGGCGCCGACAAGUGGCGCAACGAACUCACCAAAUUCAUCAACAAGGUCGCCAUCUUCUUCCCCGAAGACAAAGGCGGCGUCAUGGUCGAAAUUUGCGAAGCAAACAUAGUUUGCGACGCGGACCAGGAAUCCUUCAAAGCGUACCUCGCCCGCUGGCUCGGCAUCACCAUGCAAAUGGCCCCUGAAUUCACGCCCCAGAUCAUGCCCAAGCUACAAAAGUCCGCCGUUGCCGCUGCGCAAACGUGCGAGGGUCCGUCUGACCACGGCGGCGGCAACCACCAGUGCGGUAUGAGUUGGUGGAAGCAGGGCUGGGACAACAUCAAGGGUGUGGGACCGCAGAUGACGGCCCUCAACGUCAUCAGUGUGUUGAACGCGCAGAGGGUUCCGCCGCCGUACUCGCGCGAUACCGGUGGUACUUCUGAAGGCAACCCCGGCUUAGGCUCUGGAAACGAUGCCGACCGAUUACCCAAGUUCCAAUCCGAAAUUACCACUGGGGAUAAAGCGGGCGCGGCGAUCCUCACUAUCCUCAUAUUCGCUUUGUUCGUCGGUGGGUCGGUCUGGAUAUUGAUGUAA